GCCCCUUUGACUCUGGCGCUUCUUCCUACGAGCUGGGCUGCUCUUCCAGGUGUGGUCGAGAGCGGGCUGGAAGUGCCCCGUGGGGAAGAGAAUAAGCAUGACAUUGGUGAAACAAAAAAUCAUCUUCAGAGGCCAUUAAUUCUUUCUCUCAAAAGUCUGUAUCACUGCCUACUAGCAUCUUACAACCACCCUGUACGGUCGUCAUGGCUGCCAACAACCUGGACCUGGAAAAGGAUGUCCGUUCACAACACCUCGACGUCUCAGAGUUCUCGGAAAGCAGCGAGGCGAGAGACCCCAAAGAGAAAAUGCAUCUCGAAGGCGGCAGCCUUGUAGUCGAUCCGGUCCUGGAGAAGAAGAUAAGACGCAAAGUAGACUGGCGACUCCUGCCAUUGUGCGGCGCCCUCUAUGCUGUCUCACUGGUCGACCGGCUCAACCUCCCGAAUGCCCGCCUCGCCGGUAUGGACGAGGCAUUGGGCAUCUCCAUUGGCAAUCGAUACUCAGUCAUCACCAUGGUAUUCUUCAUCGGCUACAUCCUCUGUGACUUCCCUGCGAACUUUGUCAUGAGGAAAGUCGGUCCCGCCACGUUCUUGGGCGCCAUUGGCUUCGGCUGGGGGAUCUUGACGAUUGGCAUGGGCUUCACGAAGAGUUGGGUCUCACUCCUGGUUUGUCGGAUCAUCUUUGGCGCCCUGGAAGGAGGGCUGUUCCCUGGGAUCAUCUUCCUCCUGUCUUGCUGGUACGUUCGACACGAGGUUCAAGUGCGGUUCAGUGGCUUCUACGGCGCCGGCAUGCUUAUAUCUGGACUUUCCAAUUUGAUUGCAUAUGGCUUGUCCAAGGCGGAUGGACUAGGUGGCCUGGGUGGUUGGUCGUGGAUUUUCAUCUUCGAGGGAAUUGCUACUUGUGUGAUUGCAGUCGUUGUCCUCGUCUUUUUAUUGGACUUUCCGGAUAAGGCGGCUAGGCCCAGAAAGCUAGCAAUAAGGUCCUUUCUGACCCCCGAGGAGGCAACCGUCAUCCUCAACCGUAUCGAGCGAGACCGUGGAGAUGCGACCCCCGAAAAGUUCUCCUUCAAGAAAAUUCUCGCCGAGCUGAAAGACUGGAAGAUAUGGGAAUGCUGUUUGCUUCUUCUCUGCAAUAACACGGUAGCAUACGCAUUCGCCUACUUCCUUCCUCUCAUCCUUCACGGGGCCAUGGGCUACUCCAUCUUGACAACUUACAUCCUCAUAUUUCCGCCAUACGUUCUUGCCGCCAUCUGGAUGUUUAUCGCCGCUUACAUUGGCGACCGCUUUAUGAUUCGCGGACCAAUCAUCGUUUUCAACGCGUGCUGCACAAUCGCGGGAGUAGUGAUGAUGGGCUACGCAAAUACCGCUUCUGUUCGAUACGCCGGAGUCUUUCUGGGCCUCCCGCCAUACAAUGCCAGUAUUCCGGCCAUCUUCAGCUACCAGCACAAUAAUAUCGUUGGACAGACGAAGCGUGCCAUUGGAGCCGCGGUCAUGAUUGCAGGCGGUGGCAUUGGUGGCAUUAUUGCCAGCAACGCCUUUCAGCAGAAAGACGCCCCUGGCUAUCGACCGGGCUUGAACACUGUCAUUGCUGUGCAAGCUCUCACUGUUGUGAUUAUUUGCAAGAACUUCUUUGUCUUCAGCCGCACCAAUCGCAAGGCUGAUCGUGGGGAGAUUGUCAUUGAAGGAAGGGAGGGAUUCCGCUACACAUUGUGAAAAAAAAAGCCUUUCCUAGGUCGACCUGUGGGAACCUCAAUCUCUGGUGUGCGGAACUGAAAAAGCUGAUAUGGAAUUGUCCGUGAGAUGGUGUCGAAAUUCUAGUAUGCACGUCGCAUGUUAUAGUGAUAUGUAACAAUGGGAGAAACGGCUUUUUCUGUGCCCUACCUCCAGUUCUCAGA